GAGGUUAAGUUUCCUUUGCCUGAUUGCCUGACUUCGAUUGGUUUUGGUCUUCAGAGGUAGCAGUAGACUGAAGUUUUUAAUGUAUAAAAUGUAAUAUGUAAGGUUAUACACUUCAGCCAUUGCUAAACAAAAUAUAAGGAAUCUACUGGCAAGAAUAUAGAAUUAUUAGUGUUUAGUCUAAAUGAUUGACAGGAAUGCCGUACAUCGUGAUAAGAGGUAACCUGGGAAUGGCCAACACAAAGGUGUACGGCUUGGCGGAACAGGAGCUAGCAGUCGUCAGCUCCAGACUGCGCCUCGGUCCCAAGAACGAGUCAAAGGACGAACUCACCCUAUACAACUCGGUUGUCUACAUCAUGAAUCAGCUGGAGUACUUCUUGGGCUAUACGGUCGUCAGCAGUGCGUGUCAGUGGGAGAGUGGGCAGCCCAUGUGGACUAUGGGGAGGCCUCCCAGGCGAUGGGGAAAGCGCGAAGGGGUAUAUAGUCCCCCGUGCGGACGCAAAAGGGAGCUGCAAUCCUGUCAACCCCACGUGAUUUCCGAACGUGACGACAUUUGACUCCGGUGUCACUUUCGAUAGAGUGAGAGAUUUAGGUACUUGAAACUGUCACAUUGGUUGAAUGGGCAGCAUUAUUUUUGUUAUCUACAAGGAACGCUGACAUCUUAAACUGUAUUUAACUAUAGUGAAGUCCACGUUGUAAUGGUAGUGUUUGAUUUGCAAUGGUAUUGCAAUGGUAUUGUCUGUCAUUCAACAAAGCGGAUAGCGCUACUGUAUCUCUUUCUCACUUUGCUCUGUUGCCAGAUCGGUUUUCAACUAUGUAAAAAUAUAAUUAACAGAAUAUUCAAUCUUGAUUAUGGAAAUUCAUUAUGAAAUCAUUGAGAAAUAUAAUUUUAUACGAGAAUGAACAGUUUAUAUUACAUCAAUAAACCUGUAUCACCUAUGUACCGUCUAUAGAAGGCAUUGACAAGACAGAGUUGUUCUCCUAUCUUUCUCCACUGCCAUUAUAACGUGGACCUCACUAUAGUCCCGUCCUGAUGAAAUAAUAUUCCUCUUCGAAAUAUGAUAAUACUUUAGAAUAUAUUUUUCAAUAAGAAACUGAACUCUAUAUAGUCAUAAAAAUGUUUAGAACAAUACAAAUUUAUGUUGAAGGGGCAUUUCUUCUGUAGUAUUGGAGUGAACCAUUAAAAUUUAAAUGUAUCGUCAAUGUAGAAUUGAUAUAAUAUCAAAUUAAUUAAAGAAUUAAGCAAUUAA